AUGUCGCAGACUAUUGGAAAGACCCGUCUCGCCUACUCGCGGACAUGGCACCACGUUGAUGUCGGCACAGAUGGCCGCAGUCUCGGCCGCCUUGCCUCCUCGAUCGCGCUCACCCUCAUGGGCAAACACAAGCCUAUCUACGACCCAUCCACGGACUGCGGUGACUACGUUGUCGCCGUCGGCUGCACCGACCUCCGCACGACCGGCAAGAAGCGCUUCCAGAAGAAGUACUACACGCAUAACACCCGCCCCGGUAGUCUGCGCAGCAUGACGAUGGACAUGAUGUUUGAGAAAUGGGGUGGAGGUGAAGUUCUGAGACGGGCCGUUAGGGGGAUGUUGCCGAAAAACCGGCUGAGGGAUAAGCGGUUGGCGAGGCUGAAGACAUUCGAGGGUCUCGAGCACCCGUAUGAGGAGAAUAUUGUCCGGAUCGGGCCUGAGUCGACUAUCGGACAGUUACCGGAAGUGAAGCAGACUUUCCAGGAGGCCAAGACUUCGGCCUGA